AUGGCGGCGGGAGAUGAUACCGCACCGACCGAAACACCGACCGUCACCGUUGCUCAGCUGGAGGCUCUCACAGCUCAGAUGAAGCAGAACGAAGAACGACUUGCGCAAAUCCAGGCGGAGAACGCAACCCUACGAGCAGAAAACGCGUCAUUGGCUCAGGCUCGCAAUAGAUAUCGAGACCGGUUCCCUCCUAUGCAAUCGUUCGACACUCCACCACUUACGGGUGCAACAGGAGCAGCCCUAGGAGCAGGAGCUACCGACGCUGCGCAAGGUAACCAAACAUUGGUUCCACCCCUUGCACCAACGAUGGAACAUCAAUCUGAAGACUCGCAUACUAUGUUCUCAAAGCGAUUGGAGGCUAUGGAGCUCUUGCUCGCGCGACUUCCAGGAGUAGCUCCUCCAAUCACCAAAAGUGCUCCUAAUUGCUAUGCAGACACUCCCUUCACGGAUGCCAUCGCUUUGGUUGAGAUGCCAAAGAAGUUCAUCGUCCCUUCAAUGAAGAUGUACGACGGGACGACCGACCCUGAUAAUCAUAUAGCCCAGUACAAGCAACGCAUGUUCACAACGGCAAUAGCAAAAGAAUAUCGCGAAGCUAGUAUGUGUAAAGGAUUUGGAUCUAGCCUCACGGGACCAGCUCUUCAGUGCAGGAACAUAGAAAGGACAGCCGACGAUCUCUAUGAAGUGAUACAGAAGAGAGGAGAACCGUUGCGCGAUUACGUAGGUCGCUUCAACAAAGAGAAAGUAUCCAUUCCGGCAUGUGUCACGUCCACUGCCAUCUCUGCAUUCAAAAGAGGAUUGCUCCCAGACAGUGAUUUGUACAAGGAACUGACGAAGUACCAGUGCAGAACGAUGGAAGAUGUGCUAUCUAGAGCAUGGGCUCAAAUAAGGUGGGAGGAAGACCCUGCAUAUCGACACCUACUUUCCCCACGAUCUGAUUCGCGCGUUGUUAGGAACGAGCGUCCCUCUCGAGAUGACAGACCGUACCAGAGACCACGCAGUGAAAGCACUAGCAAGAGAAGCGACAGCAGAAGCGACCAUCGACCACUCAACCAAAUUGAGAGCGACCAACGCUCAUCAUCCACAUGGCCAGACAUGAGUAACCUCGCAAUAUCUCCUGCAGAACUAGUCAAUGUUCUUAAUCAUAUAUCUGGAGUAAGAUGGCCUCAAAAGAUGAAAGCACCAGGGGAACGAAGAGACACAUCAAAGUGGUGCGACUUUCACUCUGACCAUGGUCAUCGAACAGAAGAUUGCAUCACGUUGAGAAUGGAAGUAAACGAGCUACUAAAAAAAGGUCACUUGAGAGAAUACUUGUCCGACAGGGCUAGGAGUCGCAUCGACGACAGAAGCAAUGACGGUGCAAAGAAAACCAUCCCUGCUCAAUCUCCGGAAGCAUGA